AUGGAGACGUAUUAUGGACACGUUCGCACACCUGCGGACGCUAUCAUUCUUUUCGAGGCUUGCAGAAUCGGCCUUUUACCUCGCGUGCAAAGACGACUAUCGGAGAAAGAACGACAAUCAAUUCGGUCCGGUUCAGUCUUUGUAUGGGAUGAGCGCGAAGCGGGUAUGCGACGAUGGACAGACGGAAAAUCAUGGAGUGCCAGCCGCGUAUCUGGUAGCUUUUUGACGUAUCGUGAAAUGGAAGGCAAGCGUGGCGGUGGCAGUGUCUCUCAGGGUUCUGCCUCCCGAGGAGGCAAAACGCCUGAGAGUCGGGGCAGUGAUGAUGACCGUGGCGAUGGAACGGACGAGGGACCAGAUGGGUACCGUUACAAACCAGACGGCUUAAUGAAGCAGUCUUUCAGCAUCACCACAUCCAAUGGUCAACACUUGCAUCUCAUUAGCUAUUAUUCCCGAUCCCACCCUUCUGCCGCGAACUUACAACAACCCACCUCCGAUCCUGCGCUGCGCCAUGUUCGACCCCAGAAAGGCCUCUAUCCCGAGUCGACAGUCAAUGAUCAGCAAAAUCUCCCUGUCGUUACCCGUGGACCUAUGGCAGGUGCUGCUUACCCCAUCACUCCUCAUCCUCUCGGCGCAUACCCGCGCGUCACUCAUACACAGCCAUACCCACCUGCCUAUGCUUGGCCACCCACCCCCCUAGCCACACCACCGACUGUCACAGUUCAAUACGGCCCUGGUCCUUCAUAUCUACCCCCGGUAGCUACCAAUGGACAUCCCCAUUAUGGCCCGCCACACCAUCAGCCUCCCCACCAUCAACCUCCACCUCAUCAACAUUCCGGUGGGCUCCCCCCACCUCCACACAGCAUGGCAGGCCCAUAUGAACGACCACCUCAUAUGGAAUCAACAUUACCUCCAGCUGGACCGCCACAACAACCAAACUACAUGAACCGGUCGCCGCGCUCGAUGCACGACCAUGCUCACGCUCACCAUGCCCACGCACACGCCCAAGCCCAGGCCCAGGCUCAUGCCCAUGCCCACGCUCAAGCUCAAGCUCACGCCCACGAGCAACGCACCCCACCGGUCUACGGACAUGGUCUUGUUGAUCCUCGCAUGGCGUCACCGCGCGUGCCAGGACAGUCCUUGGCGCAGGCGCAGGCGCAGUCAAAUGGACAAGCGCACAGCCCUCACCCAGUGAAGCAGGAGCAUCCCGCUGCAUUGCCCUCUAUCAAUCCCAUCGCCGCAUCACCAAAGACUUCUGAACCCGCAAGUGCAGGAAAUGGAGUUCCUGGCAUCAGCUCACUAAUGAACGGUGCAUCGCUGGCCCCUCUUUCGUCCUCGACUGCCUCUGCCUCUCCCCGUGGCCCUACCGCGAGCCCGAACGGAGCCCCCGAACGGAGUUCUUUCGCCGAGGGCCCGCGGGAUAUCCCCAAUGAGAAGAUCGGAUUCGGAGGCGAGGACACGAGGGCGCUGCGCCAGCUGGACCGCGCCUUCAUUGCAUGA